AUGGGCUUCCAAGGCCUCCAUGCUCCCUUUUGUGUGACUCCAAAUGAAGUACUGGUGCUCGAGUCUAAGGACAGACUGUGGUCUACAAAGAAAGGGUCUUGCAAGGUUUGCCUGCAUGGCUCUGACAUGUUUGUCUGUUGUGAACCGACGAGAAGCUGUUCCGAAAGACAGCAGGCAGAGCGUUGUCUCACAGUUUUGCUGUCUAAGUUCAUUGCCAGUAAUCGUGUAGGCAGCACUGGGGAAGGAACCGAAUUGUGGGAACAAGAAGGGAGUUUCAGAAGAAAAGGAGAACACGGAAGCAGGGCCUACAAGGAGGGCGUCGUUCCAAUGCGUGUGCAGAAAUAG